UUUCGCUGCAUCGUUCAACUUCAACAUCUGUGUCUCCCGCCCGCCAAGUCCGAUCUGAGAUGGCCGUGAAGAAAACUGCUACGACUACAAAGGCCACCAAGAAAGUGCCUACCAAGAGCACCACCAAGGCUGCUCCUACCCAUCCGCCAUGGGUUGAUAUGAUCAGGGUUGGACAUCGUGUCUAUACCCAUACCACAAUCAAUAACUCUAUGCAGGAGUGUAUCGCUGCUCAUACCGAAGACACUCGCCACGGCGUCUCUCGGCCCCAAAUCAAGAAAUUCGUUGAAACCAGAUACAAUCUCGCUAUCGGCACCGCUCAAAAUACCCAACUCGCCAAAGCCCUCUCGACGGGUACGGAGAAAGGCAUCUUUGCGCUGCCCAAAGGUCCGGCGGGUCGCGUGAAGCUCGCGCCUAAGAUCCCCAGAAAUGUUGACGUGGAUGCCAAGGAAAACAAGCCCGCCAAAGCGAAGCCGAAGGCUACUACUGCGAAAGUCGCCCCGGCAAAGAAGGCGACCGCGAAGCCAGCCACCACCAAGUCAACUACCACUAAGCCAGCCACAACGAAGACGACUGCCGCUAAGAAGACUGUAACCCCUAAAGCCGCUACCGCUAAGGCCCCGGCCAAGCCUGGUGCCUCAAAGGCCAAAUCGACGACGAAACCGAAAGUCGCGACCACCCCGGCAAACAAGGUCGUCAAGAGCUCUGCGAAGAAAGCUGCCCCGGCCAAGAAAAUUGCUGGCAAGUCGAAGGCUGUCCCCGACAAGAAAAAGGCAACGCCGACGACAAAACGGGCACCAGCGAAGAAAGCGAUCACGGGUGCGACGCCAGCCUCGAAAGCGAAAGCGGCGGCCAAAGCCGCCCCGAAGAAGAAGCCGACGACAGCGGCCAAGGCGCCAUCGAAGGCCAAGGUAACGAAAUCUGGGAAGGCAAAACGCGCUUGAAGCCUGUGUUUGUGUGUACCCCAUCGCUAUUGUACCUAUUCCCACCGUGUCCGCUAUUUCUAUCUUAUGUAUCAUAACUUAUUACGAAUGCUUGUAUGUUCCAUAGACCACGCUCGUGUUACAUAUAAAUACAUACUACGUAGUUGUAUACAAUUCGUACGAAUUUGACUGUCAU